AUGCACAUUGCUGCUCGUGUGUGGGCAGCGCUGGGAUUCCUCGAAAUGCGCUGGGAAGGGAGGGCGGAGGAGAUGUCACCUUAUGCUACAGGGCCGUCCAGCCCCGAAGAUGCCGAGUCGUUUCUGUGGGGGCUGGAAGAGUACUUGAGCUUUUACCGCGCAGGCUCGAAGGGCCCAUCGGCGGCGGUGCUGGUAGAGGUCACGGCGCUCCUCCGCAACGGGCUGUGGCGCGUUCUCUUCAACGCCGUCUUCUACUGCCUCACCGUCCUUGACAAGCACCGACGUCGCCGUGGCCCGCUCUCAUGCAGGGAGGCUGAGGUUCAAACUGGUGGCGCGGAGGACACGUACGAGGUGGUGUACUCGUCGUCGUCAGAUGCGGACGGCGAGGAUGCAAAGGAGGCCUCGCUGAGUCGUGAAGCGCCGGUACGGUUGGUGUGGAAGUACCCGGGUGAGUCAGACGAGGAGCGCCUGGCGCGCUGCGUGCGGGAUCCUUUGCCACCUAACAGCCCCCUGUGGUCUGGGUUGCCCUCCGCCGCCUGGGAGCGAGAGGCAGACGGCGCUAGUAUGCUGCACAGUGAUCUCCACGAUAUCCAGCGACCGUCAUCUCGAUGCCCGCUCGAUGAGGUCUAUGGCGGCCGUCUGCGCACCGCCUUGCCCAUCACUGACUGGUACUUGGUGUUGCGCUGCCUGGCCCAGGUGGGGUAUCGGCGAGACGCCUUUUACCUGCAAACACCAUUCGACGCUUCGCCGCAGGAGCUCGUCCUCGCUCUGCUAUGGUUGACGCAGCGGUACAAGAUGCUAGCAGUCGCUGAGUACGUGGAGUUGAACCGCCGGUACGCCUUCUUGCUUCAAUACCACGUCAAUGACGCGUUUCUGUACGGUUCUUCGGCGACCGGAGGCUCACCACGGCCUGCGUGCGCCACAGCGCGUGAGAGACUUCUCUAUCACCUGUCACAUGCCUCAGCGUGGCCACCCGUGAGCUUUGACGAGAACGCGACGAUCGCCGCGCGUCUUGCCCAGCUCGAGCGUUGCUUAGGCAAGGCGACGUCUUCUGGUGGUCGUAGUGCUUCAGCGCAGCUGUGUGUGCCCACUGGUUCCUCUGCAGCGACGCUGCACGUGCGGCGCCUCAUGGCGGUGCGGCGGCUCCUGGGACUCUCCUUCAACCGACUUCACCAGGCUUUGCAGCGUCAGGCGGAACAGGUCACCCUCCUUGGUCUCCACUCCCCACUCGAUGCGCAGCUGUGCCGUGAGCACCAUCACGCCCUGUACGAGGAAGUCACUGCAGGUCUCGCUCACGUGCAGGCAACGCAGCAGCGGCUGCAGACGGCGGCGGACAACCUCGCCAAGGCAGGGUCGCUUGUGGCGUUUCUUCUGCGGUACGAGGAGUCAACAGUGUCCGCGGAGGAGGUGCUUUUGGGACUGGAGGAGGACGACGCGACGUGGCUGUCUCACGGCGACCCAGCGGAAGGGGACGCGAGCGACACGGAGGCGACGCUGGCGAGAGGAAAGCGCAACGAAACAGAGGCCGAUCGGUGGCGCCGUGCGGUGCGGCGUGGCAAGCUGCCCGUCUCGCAGUCAGCGCCAGAGCACGCCUCUGCAGCGCUCGCGACGUCAGCAGCCUCGCUUGCUCAAGCGAUUUCGAGAUUUCGAGCCGCCCACGUGAGAGCCACUCUCACUGAGACGUGGAGGCGACUGCUGCGGCGCAGUCACGUCGCGCCGCAGAAGGUUCCGCCGGAGAGCCUGCGCUUCUUGUUGGAUACCGAGGCGCAGCAGGUGCAGGAAGCCCGCGUGCGAGAGAACAUGAGAUGUCGCUACUCUCUGCAAGCAGCCUUGGCUGCUGAGCUGGCAGUGCUUGGGUAUCAGACUCAGCAGCGGCGCCACCAUUGUCAUUCUCACAGUUCUCCGCGGGGUGGGGACGGUGGCGCUGUGAGCUCAACGAAUUUGGCGGAAGAGACGCGGACUGUGGAUGACAGCAAGGACGUCGAGGCUCGACCUGUGCAAGUGGCGCUGCCGCCGCUGGACCUUGUCACCAACGCCGGCAUCGCUUUUGCGCAGCUGCGGUCUGAAGAGACGGUCUAUGGCUCGGUUACGCUGGGAAGCGCGGAGCUACAGCUGACGGAAGUGGGUGAUCCAGCGGCAGGAUCGACCACCUCAGCGCGCUUGGAGCUGGAGCGUCUGCAGGCCUGGGAGGAGCAGCUGGAUGCCCAGCUAAGAGUACCGGCGGAAACGACCGCUCGCAUGGAGUACUGCAAGGGGCUCUUGAACGCGCUGUACCAUAAGUACGGCCUACGUAUUGCCACACCCGUCGCGCAGAAGCCCCCCAGCCAGCUGUUGCCGAGUGCCAAGUGA